AGAAGAGCGCAAAGGCAAGGCAAAUAUUGCAGGAUUUGUUUACUGCAGUAAGUUAGCAUGACAGCUAUUUCAAACUAUUCCUGAGUGCUGAGUUUGGUGUCUUUAGGUGCAACGACGCACUCUGCGUGAAUGUUUCCUAAAUCGGUCCAUGUGGGGAACAUUUUGACCUGCACAAAUGCUCGCAAACACAAAAACACAUACAGGUAUUUAAAAAAUCAAUAAGUAUUUUAAUACAAUUAACCUUUGUUAAAGCUACGAUUAUUAAAAUGUCUUGUGCCAGUAUACUUUAAACUCUCUUAAAAAGCUUACAGUCACCAAACCAACAGAAUGACGUCACUUGCAUAGGAAGCAUGGGUGCCUGAGAGUGCAAGCCUGAAGGUGCAAGUGCAACGCUGCAGCCAGACCCUUCUCCACCAAACACAUGCAACUCUAUUAUGGUUGAACUUUGCAGUGACAUCAAAAAUCACAUCUUCCAAACUGUGGUGCCUGUUAACUAUAAUUUCGACUCGGAAAUUUAGUGUAAUUUUUAUAAUGUAUUAAAUCAUUAUGUGAUAUUACACAUUUUCCAGUGAGCUUAAUGUGUUCACAUACCCUCAAUUUGUGUUUUUUACUUAUUUGUUCAUAGGGUGCUGAUAUCUCGAGUUGUGAUGAUCGCCGUCGGACAGCUUUGCAUGUGGCAGCAGCGCAAGGUCAUAUAGGCGCUGUUCGCUUCUUGCUGCAGCAUGGAGCAAAUGUGCAUGCUUUUGAUUGCAAUGAAGAAACUCCUCUUUUUGAUGCCAUACGCUGCAGGAGUUUGGAGGUGGUGAAGCUGUUACUUUCUGCAGGGGCAGUUUUGGACAAAUCCACUGAAGAACUUGGAAUUCAGAUGUGCUGUCUUGCAUACCUUGGAAAAUCAGAAGAGAUGGAGGCGUGGAAGGCGGCUGGAGUCAGUUUUAAUGUUGCUGAUGCUCAUGGUCGAACUCCCCUGCAUGUGGCGGUGUGCACCGAUCAACCUGAAAUGGUGAAGUUCUGUAUCCACAAUGGAUCAGAUCCCGAGCAAAGAGACGGAUUCAACAACAGGCCUAUAGACGAUGCUGAGAGACUAGGCUUACAGCACAUGGUGGAGCUGUUGACUUACCAAGCCCACCAGCCCACCAGCUCAGGCCACAGAUGGAUGAAAAGUCCAGAAUAGUGAGGACCAGCAGGCAUCUUGUGAAAAGGUUCAAAGUUUGUCACUGGAUUUUACAGACGACAUUUGUUUAAUUUCAAUGUUACUAAGGAUAGAGAAACUCUUUUGUUUUAGAUAUUUUGGAACAACAAAAUAGGUUACUAAAACAAUAAAACCAUCUUUGCAUUA